AUGGCUAUCAUUAAUAACAAUGAUACUCAUUCCACUGUGAAUAACCAGUUCAAUAGAAAUCUCGUUGCAGACUCAACGGCCAUCUCUCCUAGCGUCCCGGAACUAGUUCCCCAUUUGCUAGAUAAAAUCACCUCUUUCAAUCAUUCUUUCAACAUUAAUGAUUCAAAGAAGCGAUUUGAUUUGCUUAAUGUCGCUCGAUUACUGGUUUCCGCUCUUGAACACCCAAGAGAGUCAAUGCUCAGACUUUGUUGGUCACAGUCGACGACUCAUGCGGCUAUUGAUACGGCAGUUAAUAUGGGUCUCUUCAUCACUCUUUCACGAGAUGAAAAUCCGAAAACCGCAAAUGAGUUGGCAAAAGCAAGUGGUGGGGACCUCAAGCUUGUUGUUAGGAUUUCCAUUUCGAUCUUUCUAUCAGCAUCUAACUAA